AUGAAUCAUAAUCAUAAUACGACUUUCAAAAAGCUGCAACAGCAGCAACACGAUCCCAGUGCCAUGAAUAGAACCUUUACUCCUUCGCCUUCUCAUUCCUCGAAUUUAGCCUCUUCCUUUACCAAUACCAAUGGUGAAAUGAUGAAAAAGCUAUGGCGGAGUUGUGGUAAGAAAGCUCUCAUGAAAUUUAAGCUUACUGAAUUGAAAGAAGAGCUUCGAAAGAAGGGAUGUACGUUGCAUGGAAACAAGGCUGAACUUGUUGAACGACUUCAUGAAAAGUAUAUGAGUGAGGAGCAAACACCAUCAUCCUCGCAUGCUCUAGCCUCUUCUUCUUCCUCAUCAACAACAACACCCUCUUCUUCCAUCGUGAAUACCAUCAUCACCACCACCACCUCUCCAGAAUCGAUAUCUUCCACAUGUUCUUCUUUAGGCUCAUCUCCAAAUUCUUCAAUUUCAUCAUCCACCGUUACCACCACUACUACUCCUCACAACACUUCUCAGAGUGGAGAAGGAUUAACGAAGAGUGCUUCCAGUGGGUCAUUACCUUCACCGUCCUAUUCGACCAAGACCACACAUACUUCCCCGAACCAGACAAUGACUGAUCAUCAUGACUCAUCGAAUACUGCUCAUUUGAAUGAACAACGAAAGUCAGCCUACAUCAAGAAGAAUACCUCGAAUACACCUGUUGUUACAUUUGCACCUUUUUCAGCCAUGAUGAUGAAUAAUAAUACUCUUCAGGAUAGUAUGAAUCAUGCUAGUAGUAAUACCACUCAAAUGAGUAACAACCAUUCGACGACGAGUAAUUCUUCUCUUACAACAACGAUGGGCAGCAAUAGUAGUGCUAGUAGUAAUACCACUCAUCACUCUCCCCAUCACACUACAUCUCCACCUUCAUCAUCGUCUUCAUUGCAUGCUUCUACCAACAUGUUACUUUCACCUUUACCUUCAGUGAAUCGAGAUGCCUUGUUAUCACCUCCAUCGAGAGUGAGUUCUGCUCCACCUGCAAGUAUGUUUACACCUCAUCAUCAUGCUACUCCUUUGAUAUCUCCUCCUUUCCAUCCUCUCUAUGCUAGCAUGUAUUCUUCUGCAGCAACAAAUACAGGAGCAAUUGUUUCACCACCCAAUAAUGGGUCAUCUUUAUUUUCAACGAAUAGUCUUGGCAAUAGUAAUUCUUUGACAUCACCUGGUGUGGUUGGUGGUGUGAAUGGUAGCAAUAGUAGUAGUGGCUCGACGAGUAGUCCUUCCGCUCUUCACUCUCAACAACAGAAUGGUAAGAAUAAGACAUCUUCAGCUCUACCACCUGCAAGUAAUGUUCAACUUCCUCCUCCUCCAAAUAUUUCUGCAUUGCCAUCCACUUCUUCUCUUUAUAGUCCACUCUUUUAUGGAGCUCAUAAUUCUAAAUUACCAACCUAUCCUCUUGCUUACAAAUUUAACACUCCGUUGCAACCAAUUUCACCUUAUCAAAAUCCUUAUGGAAUGCCUUUUAUGAACUUUAGUGCAUUUUAUAAUGUGAAUGGACCAAUGGGACAAACUACAAAGAAGAAGAAAAAGAAGAAGAAUACAUCCAAUGAAAACACUGCAGUACUCAAUUCAGAAUCUGUUCCUUCAUCCUCUCAAGAAUUAACACAACAACAACAAGUCGAGUCGAGUGGAUUUGAAACGGAUGAAUUCUUAAGCCUUGAAGAAAUUGAAUACUACAAUUCCAAUGUUGAUUAUAAUUCAUCCUCAGAUGAUCAUGGAAACACUUCACAAAAAAGAUGCCUUAGUGACACUGAGCUUUAUUUUGACCAAGGUCUUGAUUCUGAAACUUAUAACAUACUCUAUCCCCAGCCAACCAAUGUUCCACACAAGAAUAAGAAACAAAAGCAAGAACAUUUGAACACGGAGCUGAAUGGAUAUUAUGAUGAUCUGUUUUAUGACAAUAAGGAUAAUUUGGAAAUUCAAGAAACAGCCAAUUUAACACCAACGAAUGAAGCUUUGAAUGGAUCUUCAAACGUGGUACAUGACAUUAGUUUUAGAGUUCGCUUGUAUAUUGACAGCAAUUCUAGCGAUGAAAAGGAUGUCGUGGUAAAAGAUGACAAAACUUGGCCAGAGGUUGUAAGACAAUUAAUUUCCGAUUAUCAACCAUUCUAUAAGAGCUUUUUGUUUGAUUUACCUUCAGACAACUUUACCAUUAUCUUACACUCAAAACAAGAAGAAAAGAUUCUUUCAGAAGAUUCAACCAUUCUUGCCAGCCGUUUGAGUGGAAGUGAUUCUAUCACUAUCACUCUCAAACAAACAGAUCACCAUUUGUGUAGAUUCAACUUGGAGGUUGACAGCAUUACAUCAAAUGGCAUAAAUUUAAAUGAAGAGGAUGGCUAUGACCAAGAUAAUGAAGAUGAUGAUGAGUUAGAGGUUGAGGAGAGCCAACAGGAUCAUGAAGACGAACAUAAUCAAGAGGAAAUGAACUGUGCUGACCAAAUGUUCUUGAACUUAAUUGAGUCAAUGUAA